AUGCCUCCAGCAACAGCUGUUUCAGCAAAAACAGAAUCUGUGAGGGUCUGUGUCAGAUGUAGGCCAUUCAACACAAGAGAAACGGAAAGGAAAUCCAAAAAAUGUGUGGAAAUAGAUAAAAACGCAAACCAGGUUAUUUUAACAAAGAAUGAAAAUGAACCUCCAAAACCUCCAUUCACCUUUGAUGCUGUUUUUGACAUGGAUGCAACACAGGGUGAAGUCUUUCAAGCAACUGCAAAACCGAUCGUUGAGAGCGUCAUGGAUGGUUAUAAUGGAACAGUAUUUUGUUAUGGUCAAACAGGAAGUGGUAAGACACACACUAUGGAAGGUAAACCUGAACCAUUGGAAUUGAGAGGUCUUAUUUUUAACUCAGUUUGUAGAGUAUUUGAACUUAUUGAUGAUGCACCAAAGAAUAUCACAUACCUUGUAAAUAUAUCAAUGAUCGAAAUUUACAAUGAAGAAAUCAGAGAUUUGCUAGUUCCUAAAUCUGAAGUUGGAAAAAAGCUCGAUUUGAAAGAAACAAAGGACGGUAUUACACUCAAUGCCUCCUCAGUGUUGGUAAAAGAAUUAAAGGAGGUCAAUAAGAUUUUAGCUAUCGGUUCUAAAAAUAGAGUUAAGGGAGAAACUAAUAUGAAUAAGGACUCAAGUAGAUCUCACUCUAUUUUCAUGAUCACAAUUGAUAUGUUGGACGACACCAAACAAGAGAAGAAAGGUAAAUUGAAACAAGGUAAAUUGAACUUGGUAGAUCUUGCUGGUUCUGAAAGAGCUGAAAAAACAGGUGCCACUGGUGACAGAUUGAAGGAAGGUUGUAAAAUUAACUUGUCUCUCAGUGCUCUUGGUAACGUUAUUUCAGCUCUCGUUGAAGGUAAAGGAAAACACGUUCCAUACAGAGAUUCCAAACUUACAAGACUUUUACAAGAUUCACUUGGUGGUAAUACAAAAACUGUAAUGGUUGCAAACUUUUCACCAGCAGAUUUCAACUAUGAAGAAACUUUGUCCACAUUGAGAUAUGCUGACAGAGCCAAACAUAUCCAAAACAAACCAAGAAUCAAUGAAGAUCCAAAGGAUGCUCUUCUUAGACAAUUACAAGAACAAAUUGAGGCUUUGAGAGCUCAAUUAACACAAUCACAAGCUGUCUCUGCAUCUUCAAUGGUGGUGGGAAGCUCAACUACCACUGUUAUUGUUAACGAUGCAAAUGACAAACAAAUCAACUUAUCUUCGGCAGCUGUUAACGAAGAGCAAUUACACAAACUCAAAGAAGAAAAGGAAAAGGAGAAACAACAAAUUAUCGAGGCUAUGAAGCAAAAAUCAGACGAAGAAAAGAAGGGUUUGGUUGAGCAACAAAAGAGAAUUGAAGAAGAAAAAGCUAAAAUCGAACAUGAACUUAAAAUUCGUCAUGAUGCUCUUGAGCAAGAACGAAAGAAUAAGGAAAAGAUUCAAAACAAGCUUAUGGAGCUCCAAUCCAAAUUGGUGCAUGGUGGUCAGCUAGAACAAGUCAAUGCUGAACAAAGAGAACAAAUUUUAAAGCAAAAACAAGAAAUUGAAGAUAAGGAACGUGUAGCUAUGCAAUUAAAGAGAGAAAUGGAAGAACAACAAGAAAAGAAUAUCAUGAUGGAAGAAAGAUACAGCAGUAUUCAAGAAGAAGUUCAGGUUAAGACUAAAAAGCUCAAAAAAUUGUGGUCCAAGUUUGAAGCAGCAAAAGCUGAAAUUUCGGAUCUCCAAAAAGAAUUCCAACAAGAAAGAGAAGAUUACCUGUAUACUAUCAGACAACUUGAAAGAGAUCUAAAGUUGAGAAUGAAGAUUAUGGAACAUUUCAUUCCUCCUGAAGAGGUCAAGAAGAUUGAGGAGAGGGCUGUCUGGGUUGAUGAAGAAGAUGAAUGGAAGAUUCAAUCAGUUUUUUUGGCUGGUAAUCAUCAACGAAAAGGAAGACCUAUUUCAGCUUCAGGACUAAAGAGAGCUGUAGCUUACUCUGUUAUUGGAAACUCUAAUCCAAGAUAUAAGAGUGAAAAUGUUAUAGACCUCUCAAUGGAAAUGCCAGAAAGAACAACAGAAGACUACCGUUUCGCAAACGAACAACCACAAGUCCACACAAGCUAUGAAUCCCAAGACUCUAACGCAUCAAUGAGAAAAUCGAGACCUUCUUCAUCUAAUCCAGCUAAAACAAGCAGGCCAAAAACAGAUAAAUCAGAUUCUGGUCAACCUUUCCCUGCCUCCAGAGGGUUAGUGAGGAAAUAA